GUUACAAGGAUAAAGAGACUUAAUCCAACCCCCAGCGACUCAGGCGUAGCGGUUCAGAAAAGAGGUCUGGUUGCCUUGCUGCACAAAAAGAACCACCGCAGUUCAUCAUUGCUUGUCUGGUGUGAUUCAUCCCCAGCCCCGACUUCAUCCUCAAAGAUGAAGUUGAAGGAGGAUAUGAACCCCCUGCUGCUGCAGGUCUUCCACUCUGUGGUCUGGGUCUACUCUGUCAUUACCUUCAUACCCUGGUACUUCUUCUCUGGAGCUGGCACAAACUUGGAACGGGCUCGCCGGAUCAAGGCACGCUCAGUUAGUGGACACCCAGCAGGGCCUUACCGGGCCAUCAACAGCCAAGAGAAGCUGGUGGCAUGGCUGCACCCUAGUGUGGACACCCUGGACAAAGUGUUUGAACGCGCAGCGAGUCGGUUUCCACAGAGAGACUGUCUGGGCACCAGGGAGGUGCUCAAUGAGGAGGAUGAGCCGCAGCCUAACGGCAAGGUCUUCAAGAAGGUAAUUCUAGGAAACUACAACUGGCUGUCGUACGAGGAAACCUACAAGGCAGCGAGGUGUUUCGGUAGCGGUCUGGCAGCGCUUGGCCAGAAACCUCAGUGUAAUAUCGCCAUCUUCUGUGAGACUAGAGCAGAGUGGGUCGUGGCUGCACAAGCCUGCUUUAUGUACAAUUUCCCACUUGUGACCCUGUAUGUCACUCUUGGACCUACGGCCAUCGCCCACGGCCUGAACGAGACCGGGAUCACGCACAUCAUCACAAGCAAAGACCUGCUUCAGAGCCGUCUCAAGGCCAUACUGUGUGAUGUGCCGAGGCUGCAGUACAUCAUCAUAGUAGACAAUAAGCCCACAAGCUGGCCAGACAUCCCCAGAGGCAUCAUGGUCUACAACAUGGACGCUGUGAAGGAGAUGGGAUCCAAGCCUGACAAUUUAGCAGUAGACCGCAGACAGCCAGAGCCCUCGGACAUUGCGGUCAUCAUGUACACCAGCGGUUCCACUGGCAUCCCCAAGGGUGUCAUGAUCUCCCAUGGCAACAUCAUUGCUGGCAUCACUGGCAUGGCUGAGCGAAUCCCUAACCUCGAUGAAACAGACACCUAUAUUGGCUACCUGCCAUUGGCCCACGUUUUAGAGCUCAGCGCUGAAAUGGUGUGCAUCUCUCACGGCUGUCGCAUCGGGUACUCCUCCCCUCAGACUCUAGCAGACCAGUCUACAAAGAUAAAGAAGGGCAGUAAAGGGGAUACCAGUGUGCUGAAACCUACUCUCAUGGCUGCUGUACCAGAGAUCAUGGACCGAAUCUACAAGAAUGUGAUGACCAAAGUGGAUAAAAUGAGCAAACUACAAAAGACGCUGUUUGUGCUGGCUUACAACUACAAGAUGGAGCAGAUCUCCAAAGGCUACAGCACGCCUCUCUGUGACAGGCUGGUUUUCAAACGAGUGCGUGCGCUCUUGGGAGGGAACAUACGGGUGCUGCUGUCUGGCGGAGCGCCACUCUCCGCUGCCACGCAGCGCUUCAUGAACAUCUGCCUGUGCUGCCCUGUGGGGCAGGGCUACGGCCUGACGGAGACCUGUGGCGCUGGCACCAUCAGUGAGAUGUGGGACUACAGCACAGGACGCGUCGGUGCUCCAUUGGUUUGUUCAGAGAUCACGCUGAAAGACUGGGAGGAGGGUUCUUAUUACAGCACAGACAAGCCCAACCCACGGGGGGAGAUUUUAAUUGGUGGCCCCAAUGUAACGAUGGGUUACUACAGAAAUGAGGGCAGGAACUGUGAGGACUUUUUUGUGGACGAGCACGGCCAGAGAUGGUUCUGUACAGGAGACAUCGGAGAGGUCCACACUGACGGAUGCCUUAAGAUCAUCGAUCGUAAAAAGGACCUGGUGAAACUGCAGGCCGGCGAGUACGUCUCUCUAGGAAAAGUGGAGGCUGUUUUGAAGAACUGCCCUCUCGUAGACAACAUCUGUGCCUAUGCUAACAGCGACCAGUCAUAUGUGAUCAGCUUUGUGGUGCCUAACCAAAAGCAGCUAAUGGCGCUGGCGGAGCAGUUGAAUGUGAGGGGCACAUGGGAGGAGAUGUGUAACAACUCGCAGAUCGAGAAAGAGGCUCUCCGCAUCAUUACUGAGGCUGCUCUCUCAGCGAAAAUGGAGCGAUUUGAGAUCCCUAAGAAGAUCCGUCUGAGCGCUGAGCCCUGGACACCAGAGACCGGGUUGGUCACUGACGCAUUCAAACUGAAACGCAAGGAGCUCAAAACACACUACCAGGAAGACAUUGAGAGAAUGUAUGGAGGAAAAUAACACAUACAAACACACUCCAAACAACAACUACACAUAUAUACUUGCACACAUACACAAGGAGCUCAGAAGCCACUACCGGGAACACUUGGGAGAGGAGUUGUACUUUAGAUACAAAUAAUACACACAUACACAGAUACACACAAUAUUACAGACGCAUAACACAUCUCAUGCAACCUCCUCCUUGGCUUCCCUGCGUCCAUCUUUGAUCAAAACAAGGGGACAGAACUCUUGAAUCCAUGCUCUCUUACAAGACCAGACGGUCCCUCACAGAUAAGUGAACCAGCUGGACGUGCACAGUGCAACACACUCAUCUGGCCCUUUGGUGGAUUUAGCCUGUUGUGUUGCUAUGGCAACCGAGGUCCGCGUUGAAUCAAAAUGUCAGGCUAUAUGUAUAUCUGGAUCAAUGUCAACGUUUUGUCUGUGUUGCUUCUCCUUCUCUCGCUCUCUGGAGCCUUCCCCCAGCUCAGCAUAGUCGUGGACUUGUGGUGCAGAUACCUGGCAGGAAGAUUUGGGAAGCAUGAGCCUGAUGAGAGGGAUCCCUGCUUGGCGUUCAGGUUGGAAUCUUUGCGGUGAUCUCUAUCGUCUCAAUUUUAUGAGUAUUUUGUGUGUGUGCGUAAUCGGUUUUGCAAAGCAAUGAUUGAGCAUCAAGAUGUUUUUACUUUUACCUACAGUUAUUUAAUUUUGGAUUCAUUUUUUCUUUAUCCUCCUGUUUUUUUUAUUGCCAAUUUGUUUAUGCUAAAUGUACUUUAACAAGCUUUGUUUACAAGUGUUUGUUUUUUUGUAACUCCAUACCCUGUGAAAGCUGGCCAUUUGGGAUUUUUUUCCAUCCCUACUCUUAGCCCGCAGCCUCAUUGUUUCCAUAUGUUAGCAGCCCCUGGAUGCCUCCCAACCUGUGUCUUAUUGGUUGUUUUGUUGGUUCAUUGACAUACUGCAGCCCGCCACGUAAUCCUCAAGUCAUGACCAUUGCACCGUAUGGAUGUCUCCAAGGGAACUUAGCCCAUUGUAAAAUAAAAAAUAUAGUUACAUUAGUUAGCCUUUGAUUGGUUGCUCUCCCAGUUACAUUUCGGUGCAACUAUACAUGUUAUCCUUUUUUUGCCAUAGGUCUAGUUAUUGUUUUGCUUUUUUACUUAUGAAUAUGAUACAAAAUGAAUGUGCAAUAUCUAUACACACAUUUUAAACUAAAGUUUGUAGGACAGGAAGAAAAGAAAGUGCACCUAGAGCAGCCCCUCCAUAGUGUCUGAAUGUUUAGGACUUUUACUCAUAUUGGAAACCUGUAGGAACACAAGCAUAGGAAUAAAGAAGAGGAAGGUAGAGAGACACUGACACUGACUGGGAAGUCUAGAUGUUUUGGACGUACUGUGCUUUUAAAUAAGACUGUAAAGUGAAAAUUGAAUAUUUUGCAGUGUAGAAUUUGCAUGAUAAAAAGUGUGCAACAGUACCAAAGCACUUGAAUAUAUAUUUGAAAGAGAAGUGAGAGGACUGGGCUCCAGUCGAACAACUAAAUAAAUCCUUAUGAUGCACUCCUUAUUUAAUUGAGAGUAUACAGCAUAAACUCGCCAACCUCAUAGAGUGCAGGUAACAUUUCUGUAUCUUCAAAUUGGUUUAUGUGUAUGCCACUGUAUGUGCAAUGUAUAUAAAAAGGGUCUUGGAUUCUGUCAACUGAUAUUUGUUUUAAAAAAAAAAAGUAUAACAUGCAUUAAUUGCUGUAGGUUUUUAGUUUGGAGAUAUUUCCUAUGAAUGGCAUCAGUAUGAGUGACACCCUUGCUUCAGUCAGUCUGUCUUCCCAUAGCUGCCCUCAAAUUUUGCCUAGCUUGUACUGAAAUCAUUUAGCAUUAAUAA